AUGGCCGACAGACGCUUCUCCCAGCGCGGCAACAGCAGCAUACUCGUGCUGAGACAGCGUGCUCCACGCCGCCUGCUCAUUAUUCUUGCUGCCGUCGUCACUGCCGUAUGUUGGAUCUCGGUCCGGGACAGGUCUGCUGCGACAUCGACAGGAGCCGCCGUGUUCACGCACGAACGCACCACAGAGCAGGUGGUCGAUCAUCAUCAUCAUCAUCAUCAUCAACAACAACAACAACAACAUCAUGAUACCAUCCCAGGAACUGGGGAUUUGCCAUGCCGAAACUUGCCCACGGCGAAUGACUCGGUCGUCAUCUUCAAGACGGGGGGCACCGAGCUCGCGCACAAGCUGCCGGUGCAUCUCAACACGUCUCUGCGAUGUUUCCCGAACCACAUGAUCUUCAGCGACUAUGAAGAAACGUUUGAGGGUCACCACAUCUACGAUGCUCUGGAAUCGGUGAACCCUGUCACCAAAUCGCAACAUCCCGACUUCGAGCUCUGGCGAAGACUGCAGGACGGCGGUGGUCGUCGAGCACUUCAGCCACACGAGCUCAGUGGGCAAAUCAGUCCCCGGGGCACCAAUUUUGGGAAGAAUGAUAACCCCGGCUGGAGAUUGGAUAAAUGGAAAUUCUUGCCCAUGGUCAAUCGAACGCUAUAUGAGUGGCCAGACCAAAAGUGGUACAUAUUCCUAGAAACGGAUACAUAUGUGCACUGGCAGACACUCCUCAACUAUCUCGCUGCUUUAGAUCACACGAGGCCGUACUAUAUAGGGGCACCAAUGUGGAUUGGCGAUGUGAUGUUCGCUCAUGGCGGAACUGGCUACGUAAUCUCCAAGCCUGCAUUGGAGAGUGUCGUGAGCAUGUUCAAUGGGCACCAGUCCGAGUGGGAAUGGUUCGCAAAUGAGUUUUGGGCUGGCGAUGGUAUUCUAGGGAAGGCCAUGAGUGAUUCUGGAACCAAUUUGACACAAGCGUGGCCGAUAUUUCAAGGAGAUGACAUUGGCUCCAUCGAUUGGACUCGAAUCGACGGGUCGCAGAGACUAUGGUGUGCGCCGACCGUCUCAUAUCACCAUCUGGUACCGCAUGUCGUCGAGGAUUUGUGGAGGUGGGAGAUGGAAUGGCUCGCACAGAUCGAUGAACCCGAAGCCGUCCUUCACCACCAUGAUAUGUACAAGAUGUAUGUCCUCCCACGCACACUUGGUUCGAAAUUGGAUUGGGACAACUCUUCUCCGGACGACUAUGGACCGGUCGAAGACCUUGAGGCUUGUCGCGUAAUCUGUGAGGCUCUGGACGUAUGUAUACAAUAUUCGUUGAGCACCGAAUCCAGGUGUAGGCUCUCUAAGAAACCCCACCUGGGUGAGAGAGUCAAGGGAGUAGAAUCUGGCUGGAUAGCGGAGAGGAUGAUACAGUUUGCCGACGAUCAACCGCCGUGUCGUAACGGAGGGGAAGAGUGGAUAACAGAUUGAGCACCAGCUGGAAUGUGUGCACCACACCAGGCUUGCACGUGGUAAACUACAGAGAUGGAGCUCAUCAUCAUCAUCACCAUUGGCAAGAAUUGCUGCUGCUCGUUAGCAGAUGGGUUCGAUAUGAUGGCGAAGAGACGGCCGGGUUCCAUGGAGUAUGCCAUGCGGUAGAAAUCACCUCCGAGUCAAAGGGGUAGCGAUCUGCCACGACGAGAUUGGCCGAUCAAAUGUUGCAUAGUACCAAGACUACUCCUGAACAAGUCUCUGGGUCAGUCGUGUGAGGCAGACAGCGAGAGGGCGAUGAAAUUCUUGGCUACCAGUCUCAAUCGUGGGUGGAAUCAUUCGCUUACUGGGAAGUUGCACCCGUAAAGGUCUCUACGUUUCCACGGGAUCCUGGUAGUAAAAGCAGUGUAGAUAUAUUUCCAAUGAGUUGUGGAACAAUCGCACUUGAUCGGACCUGACAGGAUAGACCAGACCGUUCACUGUAAAUCGAGUCAGGCAUGGCCCUUCAUCCGUUCGGUCUCGAGGCUGGCUGUUGUCGUAAGCCGUGCGGAGGUCGUCAGAGGAGCUAGAAACUCCAUCGGCCGCCAUGUCAUCUUCGCCGUCUGCUACCAAUAGCACAGCCUCCGGCGCAGGCGUGGGUAGCUGAGUAUUGCCAUCCUCUACAGUAGACUCAACAUCAUCGAUGCCGGGCCGACUAGGCAAGUCAUCCACCAUGCUAGGUGUAGCCGUUCAGCCCAUGCUCUCCGUCUCUUCCGCACCAGAUCUGUCGAGAGCGUUAGGUGCGAUCUUUAGCAUGUUUGUAGCAAAAUGCGCCUGUUUUCGCUCAGUGCCAAAUAUUUGCUUUUUUGGCUUUGGUCUUGUGCGGACACUGGUCCCGAGCCUUGCAGUCACUCUCUCCAACGCAGCCUUGAGUUCUUGGCGACAAAGAGAGGUCGAUUCAUGCUGAAUUAUACUCUUCAUGUACUCCAAUUCCGACACAAUUGCGUCGAUCUGACGGUUGUGAAUCUUUGCAGCUUGUGAUACUGGAGGCGGCCCAGCAUAUAUGCUCAGGGAACUCUUCUCACUCGAGGCUUGCGAAGGGUGGAGUGCGUCGUAGCCUGUGAAUCCAGCAGAUACAGCGAUAUCGGCGACAUUUAUGAGUGCCAUGAGAAGUGCAUAAUCGGUUGCAUCCCCGAUGUUAAAUUGUUGUCCGGAUUCCAGAGCUUUCAAGAUAGUCUCGAGCCAGUUGCGUUCAGAAGAUUCCGCCUUCCUACGUUCGUCCUUGGGCAACAGUACGUCGAGUGCAAGGCGGCGGCGAAGAUGAUAUGAGCGCGUCGUGCGGGCUGGAAGAGAUGCGAUGAGCCGGCAGUGAAGCUGGAUUGGAAGCUCUCUCUCCGAGUCGUCCAGGACUGCCAGCACUCCUGGAACAAGCUUCUCGAAUGAUGUCUCCGAAAGGGAAUCUAGGAGAUCUUCGAUACAUUUCAUCAGGGUGGACGACAAGUUGUGAUUCUUCCUCACUAAAUCAUCGAGGUUCAUCAUGGCCAAGUCCAAGAAAGCCUCGAUCGUCUUGAUUGGUGCGGCGUCUGGUGCAACAUCAUCAACAGCGGGCGCACGAGACUGUACGACUCGCAGCACGUACUUGAGCCCGGCGGGAAGACCUCGCCGAACAGGAGCUUUCCAAUUGUUCUCGAACAGAGAACGAGUCUUGUACAUCGAUGACAACGAUGCUAUCGUAUCUGAAAGCGACUCGUUAUGGCUGCUCGAGGCUUCCAGAAUACCGACGUACGCUUCGCACAACGCGUCGUUUCGCUCAUGAAGCAGCUGCUGCGCCAUCCAAUUCGUGACUGCCAUGGGCAAUGGAAAGUGCAAGACCAUCUCAGCGGCCAGUCCAGAGACACAUGCCUGUUCGCGUGAUGUGUCUGUGGCAUAGAGCUUACUCCAUGGCUCAUUUGGCAAUGAGUUGACUGGGAAGGGCGAAUCUUGGAACAGCGGCUCGUCGUCCAAGAAAAAGUAGUAAUUGUCAGUCGCGUGCAACGCCUCGACUCUCUGCAACGCCUUCAGCUUCCUGUCACCCUCUUCAUCAUCGCUGGCCCAUUCUAGGGAUACGGUUUUGUCAGUAUCGAUAUUCGGUCCGAGUGCUUCCUGCCUUGCGGCUUCCUCUUCGCGUCUCUUUGAUUCCUCCACAGCCUGUUGCAUGCUGGCAAUCUUCACUUGUGACUCCUUCAUCUUUUGGUCUUCGCGAGACAAUGACGCGAGACUGUACUUGUAGACCCUUUUUUGUGGCGAUUUGAUCAUUGACUGUAGGAGCUCGUUCUGCCUGACGCCGCCGGACGACCUCGUGCUUUUCGGAGCAGGCACUGCCUUGACAGGCUCAUGCGAGAGCUUUCGUCUUUUGACGAAGAAUGAACUGAGAUCUGCCAACUCUUCACCGCUGCUGUCAUCCGUCAUGUCUGAGUCUGAAUUCGCAAUAGCUUUUAAGCCAUCUUUCACAAUGCGCCUGCUAUUAGUGGAGGAGCGCAAUGCGGUGACUGAAUCCGCGCUUGAACGGAUGGACGUGGAAAAUGAGGAGCAGGACUUGGCUGGCAUCGUCGUGGUCGUUGUUCGGGAGUCAGAAGCGUGUGAAGCUAUGGGAUUCGGCACGCAUCCAGCUCUUGUAGGGAGGCUCGGCGUGAGGGCCGUAUGCGAAACUGGGCGGGAGGUCGGCACACCAGCGACGAGGCGCGGUCUGGACGACGACUGAGCGGGUUCGCGGUAUGGCGAGUCCUUUGUUGGAGUCACAUCGGCGGCGCC